AGCAGUCAGAAGCCAGUCGUGUCUCUCUCCGAGGCCGGAUGGUAAAAUCCAACCUCCAGCGGAUCUUAAACAGUCAUUGCUUUGCUCGCGAGAAAGAAGGAAAACCACAGUUCUGUACUACAAUGGCGGAUUUAAGUAGUAACGUUAAUAUUUGUGACAUGAUUGGCAACCUGUCCCUACACUGUUGUAGUACCCGCGGUCCGGGGCCUCUGUGGUGCUCCUGAUGCCCCUCUCCCACCCCUGAAGAUCCCAGGUGGGCGAGGGAAUGGUCAACGGGAUCACACUCCUUCAGCUCGGCCGCUCUACUCUGACCGGAAGUUGACUGUGACAGAGGAGCCGGCGGGGAACGGUCGCCCCGGGAUACUCCGCUUCCAGAGCCGCCCCACUGUUUCCAAGGUGAUCCACUGGGGCGCUGUGCUGAGCGGGAACGCUCUGUAUGUGGAGAUACCGAUGGACCCGCUCCCCGAGGGCAGCAAGGAGAGUUUUGCGUCUCUUUUAGAGUAUGCGGAAGAACAUCUUGAAGUUGUCAGCGUGUUCGUCUGCUUUUACAAGAAUAGAGAUGAUCGCGCUAAACUUGUGCGCACAUUCAGCUUUCUGGGCUUCGAGAUAGUGAAACCGGGCCAUGCCCUUGUCCCACUCCGACCUGACGUUUUCUUCAUGGCCUACAACUUCGACAAGGACUCCUCCUCCGAUGAGGAUUAGCUCUGACCCCUGUGGGGUGUUCCAGGAAACAGAAUCAUCAAUUUAGCCAGCUAACUUUGAUAAACAGCCAGAUAUAGGCAC